UUGUUAGUUUAUGGAUUAGACAUACAAGCUUUGGGCCAUAUUAUUGUGACUACAACCUAAACACUAGAAAGAAGAAAAUACAAGAACCAAAUUGAAUUUGUCUACUACUACUAGUAGUAGUACUAGUUUUCUUACCUUUCUUUACUCCCAAGUCCAUAGUCGAUAAAAAGCCACCACCACAUCUUUUGCCACUGUAAAGGAAAAACCAGACACUCUUUUUUUUUUUUUUUGGUUCUCUCAUUUCCCUCUCCAAAAAAGGUAGCUCAAUAAUAAUCAGGAUGGAAAACAAUCCCACCUCUGAUGAAGACCCAAAAAUCCCACUUCUUCCAGUUCAUCACGAAGACCAAAUCCAAAGAUCACAGGGCUUCGGCUCGUCUUUGAUAUCCAUAUGGACACCCAAAAACGCAUUUAUUCUUCUGGGACCACUCCUGUGCGCGGUGAUAUGCGUGUGCGUGAAGCUGGAUGAUGGCCCAUCCAGUUCCACCAGCAGGAACAUGUUGGGGGUGUUGGCUUGGAUCUUCUCCUGGUGGAUCACCGAGGCCGUGCCCAUGCCCGUCACCUCCAUGUCACCGCUCUUCCUCUUCCCUCUCUUCGGAAUCGCUUCCUCCGAUGACGUGGCCCAAUCUUACAUGGACGAUGUUAUCGCUCUUGUUCUCGGUAGUUUCAUUCUCGCUCUCGCCGUUGAGCAUUAUAACAUCCAUAGACGCUUGGCCCUCAAUAUGACAUUGCUAUUCUGCGGAGAACCACUGAAUCCACCGGUGCUCCUGCUGGGGAUUUGCGGCACGUCAGCGUUCGUGAGCAUGUGGAUGCACAACGUGGCAGCUGCGCUGAUGAUGAUGCCGGUGGCCACUGGGAUCCUCCAACGCUUCCCGACGGGUUCAGCCCAAUCCCCCGUCGUCAACAAGUUCUGCAGGGCAGUGGUGAUUGGGGUUACAUACUCUGUGGCCGUAGGAGGGAUGAGCACACUCACAGGUACAGGUGUCAAUCUCAUAUUGGUUGGGAUGUAUAAGAGCUAUUUUCCUGAAGCCGACCCUAUCAGCUUCAACAAGUGGUUCCUUUUUGGUUUCCCAUUGGCGCUGUUAAUUUUCAUUGCUCUGUGGGUCAUGCUCUGUUGCUUUUAUUGCCCAAGAGGUUCUGGCCAAGUUCUGUCUGCUUAUCUGGACAAAGCCCAUUUGAGGAGAGAGCUCCAGAUGUUAGGUCCAAUGGCAUUUGCGGAGAAGAUGGUUCUGGCAGUGUUUUCGGUGCUAAUAGUUCUAUGGAUGACUAGAAGCAUAACAGAUGAUAUCCCUGGUUGGGCUGCACUCUUCAAUGGGCGAGCUGGUGAUGGAACUGUCAGUGUGAUGAUGGCAACCCUGUUGUUCAUAAUUCCAAACAAGAAGCAAAAGGGUGAGAAGUUGAUGGACUGGAACAAAUGCAAGAAACUACCUUGGAACAUCAUAUUGCUGUUAGGUGCUGGCUUUGCCAUAGCUGAUGGUGUCCGGACUAGCGGCCUGACAGAUAUAUUGUCGAAAGCCUUGGAUUUCUUGGAGGAAGUUCCAUAUUUAGCCAUUGCCCCUGCUGUCUGUCUUAUAAGUGGGACUAUCACUGAGUUCACAUCAAACAAUGCCACUACAACCCUUGUGAUUCCUCUGCUGAUUCAGAUUACACACAGUAUGCAUGUCCACCCACUUUUGCUUUUGGUUCCUGGAGCAAUUGGUGCACAGUUUUCAUUCUUGCUCCCAACAGGAACACCUUCAAAUGUUGUUGGGUUUUCAACUGGCCAUAUUGAAAUCAAAGAUAUGAUCAAACUGGGUAUCCCACUUAAGAUUGCUGGAAUUGCUGCACUUUCCCUUUUGAUGCCUACACUUGGAGCUUAUGUAUUCGGGACAAACGAACCAGUCAACUAACUGGAAAAUCCUUGCACAUUAUAUACAUAGUAUUACUCAUAACAAGAUACGACAAAGAACUAUUUAUAAGAUCAGCAACAGUUUGAUUGUUCUCUGGGACGAUGAAGUUUAUCAGUUCCUGGUAUAGGAAAUGCUCAGAUCAUUGUAUAGGCACCGUGAAAGAAGUCACUAGAGAAAAUGAGGGAAGGGAAACUUUUUACGCAUUAAUUUUCUGCAACAUUUUCCCAAUAUCGUUUUCUCUUUCCAUUGUUCGUAAGUAGUUUUCGUUCUAUGUAACGAUUUCUGUUUUCAGAGAUUGGAACCGUUUUUAUUCUGAAAUUUCAUAAUAUGAAAUAUAUUUAGGCUUGGACUCA